GAUUGCGGCGGUGGUUGAGUCACAAGCAAAUAUGGCUGACGGUGAACUAAACGUUGAUAAUCUUAUAUCUCGGCUUUUGGAAGUGCGAGGAUGUCGACCUGGGAAGUCUGUGCAGAUGUCGGAGAUGGAGGUGCGCAGCCUCUGCCUCAAGUCCAGAGAGAUCUUCCUGCAGCAGCCCAUUCUGCUGGAGCUGGAGGCGCCGCUCAAAAUCUGCGGUGACAUCCACGGCCAGUACACGGACCUGCUGCGGCUGUUCGAGUACGGCGGCUUCCCACCCGAGGCCAACUACCUGUUCCUCGGCGACUACGUGGACCGGGGCAAGCAGUCGCUCGAGACCAUCUGCCUGCUGCUCGCCUACAAGAUCAAGUACCCGGAGAACUUUUUCCUGCUGCGCGGCAACCACGAGUGCGCCAGCAUCAACCGCAUCUACGGCUUCUACGACGAAUGCAAGCGGCGUUUCAACAUUAAGCUAUGGAAGACGUUCACCGACUGUUUUAAUUGUCUGCCGAUCGCGGCCAUCAUUGACGAGAAGAUCUUCUGCUGUCACGGCGGCCUGUCGCCCGACCUACACAACAUGGAGCAGAUCCGGCGCAUCAUGCGGCCCACCGAUGUGCCCGACACAGGUCUGCUGUGUGACCUGCUCUGGUCGGACCCGGAUAAGGACGUACAAGGCUGGGGCGAGAACGACCGGGGCGUGUCCUUCACGUUCGGCGCCGACGUCGUCUCAAAGUUCCUGAACCGACACGACCUGGACCUGAUAUGCCGCGCCCACCAGGUGGUGGAGGACGGCUACGAGUUCUUCGCGAAGCGGCAGCUGGUGACGCUGUUCUCGGCGCCCAACUACUGCGGCGAGUUCGACAACGCCGGCGGCAUGAUGUCUGUGGACGAGACGCUCAUGUGCUCCUUCCAGAUCCUGAAGCCGUCGGAGAAGAAGCCCAAGUAUCAGUACACGGGCAUGGGCAAUAGUCGGCCCGUCACGCCACCCAAGAACCCCACCAAACGCAAGUAGGCGGCGACCAGGCAGCUCGCGACAGGCCGCGGUUCCGGCGGCCGCCGCCAGGGGCACGGCACCCUGCACCAGCGCCGGCGCCGCUGUCGAUUCCCAGGCCUCAGGACACGCGCGCGCGCGUGACCGCGCCACGCCGCACCGGCCCAGAUUCCCCGUAUUAGGUAGAGGCUGUUAAAUUAAAUGGCGCGCGCGUGCGAGCGGCCAGGCCGCAGCGAUCAAGUACAGCGCGUGGCGCCGGCGGGGCCGGCUGCGAGUGCGCCCGAGCGCCGUGUGCCGGGUGGAGCGCGGUCGGCUGAGUGGGGCUGGCGGCACGCGGGCCGCCGCCGGCCGCUGGGAUCAGACUGAGGCGGCUGAGCGGCGCGGCGACGGGCCUGCCGCGCGCUGCCGCAGCCUGCGAGCCGGGCUGGCCGAUGUGGGACGUGUGAUUCGGUGAUUGGUCGGCGGACGUACAGCCCGCCGGCGUGGCGUCGGCGAUCGGCGAGUGGUUUGACUGCUUAACUGUAACACCGAAAUCGAUGACGGGCGCGCCGUGGUCGCGUGACUGUAGCCGAGUGAGAGACGUUGCCGGUGACUGCGUGCGCUCCACGGCCGGGCCGUGACCCCGAGGUCGGGUGCGUCUGCCGUCCGUGUCCGGCUCGGUCGGCGCCGCGGCAUCUGUCGGUCCGGGGGCGGCGGGCCAGGUGGCGCCGCUCUCGGGCCGCGUCGGCGCGCCACCCGCGUCUGCUGGGCGGACGGCGAGCGCGCCGGGCUCGGGGCGGGCCUGGCCGCUGGCAGAGAUGUCGGGCGAGUGAACGGGGUGUGACGUCCGGGCCCGCGUGAGGAGUCCGUCUGGUCCGCGGCGUGCGCACCGUGUCCAGUGUGUGCCACCGGCCCGGGACGCAGUGUAUGUCCCCUGUCCUCGGCGCACGUGCAGCCCUGUUUUAAUCUGGUCUCGGAGGGUCACGUGUCAUCGGUUUGCCGCCAUAGGACGCGCGCUGUGUGCUCUGUUUCGUGCUCCGUGUUCUUGUCUUCGUCCCUCUCCACCGAUCUCUCCCUCGCGUGUCCGUCUGUCUAUCCGGGCUUCGGCUGGGCUCGGGGGUCGGCCGGCGCCCCCGCAGAGCACGUGUCCGGCCCGCGAGCUCGAGACGUGCUGACGGCUCCACACAGUGUCCUGAGCGCUGUCUCAUGUCCCGGCCGACAGCUCGCCCCUGUCCCGUGGCGUGCGUCUGAUUGUGUUCUGCGCCAGGCGCCGCACGGCCGUCGCCGCCUGAUGCGUCACGGCGCCGCGGUGUAAUCAGAGGACGAAUAUAUAAUUUGAGAGGAA